AUGAAAGUUUCUCGUAGACGGACCAAGCAGCAAGAGAAACGCGAAGAUUCAGGCAGUAAAUGUGAAACCACACAUGAUAACACCAGUGCAGCCGGCAGAGGUGAUUCACAUUCCCCCACAGCUCAAAUUGCUCUAGCUAAAGCCAAAUCUGAGGUGGAGUUACUGAAGCUGAAGGUAGCAUCACAGCAGGAAAAGAUUAAAGAUCUAGAGGAAGAACGUGAUUUUCUGAGGACACAAUUAACUCAAGCCAACAAGGCUGAAGAAGAAAAAGAGGAGGGUGGAGUUAAACGGAAGAAAAAAUCAAUCGUCAUAGAUUCCAGCUCAUUUGAUUCUUCAGAUUCCUUUGUUGAUUCUGACAGUACUGAUUCCUCAUUUGAAAAGAAAAAGAAGAAAAGACGGGAAAAAAUAAAAGGGAAAAAAGAAAAGAUGAAGCGCAAGAAGGAGAAGAAAGGGCCCAUCUUCCAACGUGUUUGUGUCCCUGCUGAGGUGAUCCGAAGAUAUGAAAAAGUGCUGGCCAUAUAUAUGAAAGGAAACACAAUGGCCAAGUCAUUCCAGAAGUACGGGGUAGACCGCAACACAAUUGCCCAGACUGCUUCUAUUGCAGAGCUAUCCCUUGCCGAACCAGAGACAUACUGCCAGCUCAAUGAUGAUCGUGGAAAAAAGGAGAAGUUGUUAGACUUCGCUAAAAAGUGCCAAGAUGUAAUAGCUUCGGACAAAAGCAUUGCUGAGAAAAUUUCAAAUAUGAAAGUUGAGGGGAAGUUGCUUCCUAUUCAGAAGAAGUAG